CCGCUCCGCUGAUUGGCCGCUGCGCGCUCCACCGCGUCGCUUCGCUCCGGACUCUUUCUGGCGCAGAGAGAACGCGAAGCGCGGCCGCCAGCGAACCACCGAGCCUCGCCGGGGAGGGCAGAUGAUGUGAUCCGAUAACGGACGGCCGGCUGCAGCUACGGGGCGGAGUGGCACAUAAAAGCCGCUGUCGAUCUCGGACCUGCUCACUACUGUGUGCGUGUGUGUGUCCGUGUGCGUCUCGUCGUGGGAGCGGAAGCCCGGAGGCUGACUGAAGCGCAUCACGGGGCUGAUCCAGCCGGAGAGAGGAGAGAGACACGGUUAGCUGGUUAGCCUCCCCACGGACUGGCUUCCUGCUCAGCUGCGGCUUUCAGUCUCUAUCCCGCCAGUGUAUUUCCCUUCAGCCAUGAUGUCCGUACAAACUCCUCCUCUUUCCCGCUCUGGCUCCUCCCCAUCUAACGUGGGUCUGGCCAAUCGCAGUGCCACCUCUGCCACUCCUCCCACCUCGCUUUGCCUUCGAUCUUCACACAACCAGUUGCUCGGGCGAGACGUCAUCAAAGAGUCCAUGGAAACCGGAGGUUCGGCCACUUUGCCAAAGAGCCGUCAGAGGUAUGCGAUGACCAGCGUGCGGAGCGCUAUGGGGAUAAGUGACAACUUUGCUGUGUCCUCCAAAAACCAACCUGCGACUAGAGGGAGGGGUCUACCGACCAAGUCCUCCUCCAGCUCCGCCCUCUACUCAUCCUCGUCUUCCUCCUCGCUGUUUAACACAACCAACCCCAAACUGGCCAAGAACGGCGCCAACAUGCAGCGACGAGCUGAGAGCCAGCAGCAGGAGCUGAGCCGGGCCAAUACGGAGGGCAAAAUUCACAAUGACAAUAAUCCCACUUCUGACUGGCUCGAAUUAGGAAAAGACAACUCGCAGCUGCCCCCCUUCCGCAGAAGGACCAAGAGCUUCUUCGAGCAUCCAGGGAAGGGCUGGGAUUUGGACCUGAGUUUGGGAAACAAAGAGGAGGAAGGGGAGGAGGUGGAGGAGGAGGAGAAGAAGCAGCAGCCAUCUCCAGAGAAAGAGCAGGCCAGCCCUGCCAAGGAGAGGGAGAGCCAAAAGGAGGAGAAGCCCAUCAGCAAGCGGACCUGCCCGGAUGAGAAGGAAGAGGUGCAGCCGGUGGUGGAGAAAGAGGAGGAAGAGAAGGAAGAAGAGGAGAAGGAAGAGGAGGAAGUUGACCCCCCGCCUACACUAAGACAGCCCCUGCUACCAGUGGUGUUGGAAGCUCCCCUGUCCCCCACUUCUUCCUCUUCCACCAACAGCCCGGAGUGGGUCCCGGACAACCACACCCAACUCCAGAACCGUCCUCCGGCCCAGAUCCGAGAGGAGCUCUGUGCCCAGGUCCAGUCUAGUCCACGCAGUCCGGCAAAACCCCCCCGCAGCUCCCAGCCCCGGGUUAUCAAGGUGGAGCUGCACCCCAACAACGAGAACCAGUUCCUGCAACAGUUCCCGCCUUCUUCUCCUAAACCGGCCCGGACUGCUGAAAGGUCCACCCCCACCAGGACCCGGGCACCCGCUACCCUGCCGGAUGCCGGGCAUGAGACUGGGCUCCCUAGGGUGGGCUUAAGGAUGGAUCUGACUCCUGAAACUCCAUCAGAGGAGGAAGACUCCAGCUGGACCACGCUGUCCCAGGAGACACCGUCUCCUCAGACUCCAAGAGAGACAGCAGAUGUAUGGGGCGAGGGGAACCUGCCCCCAGGCUGGAGGGAGAUCUCCGAUUCAUCAGAGAUCUAUUUCUGGCACAUCCCCACUGGCACCACCCAGUACCACCGACCUGUUGCCUCGGGCGACGAACACACCUCCCCCAGCAACGGGCCGGACUCCGAGCAGGACACACUGCAGGAAACACGAGUCUCUCUGAACCCUCCAAACGAGCGCCCCAGCAGUUUGAUAUCCGACAGCUCGGUGGAGCCGGUCCCCUCGCCCUCUGGCUCCUCCCCCUCCCCCGCCUCGUCCGCCGGCUUAGAUGAUGUCACCUUUUCUUUUGCGGAUCUCAAAACCAUCACCUGCACAGCCAACGAGCCGAAGGACUAUCCAGUCUAUCCAGAUCCCAGUCUAAAGGCGUUUGAAGGUGCUACCCUCCGAUAUGCCUCACUUAAGCUCAGCGCUUCAGCCCAGCUAGAGACAGUGGACCUCAACAAUUCCUUCUCCAACCCAGAGGCAAUGUCAUUCCCUGUGCGAUCUCUGGGGUGGGUGGAGAUGGCGGAGCAGGACCUGUGUGAGGGGAGGAGCAGCUUGGCCGUCCACCACUGCAUCAGACAGCUGUCCUACUGCAGGAGGGACAUACGCGACUCCGCCGGCGUCUGGGGAGAGGGUAAAGGGAUGCUCCUUGUGCUCCAAGACCGCACGCUGACUCUGGUUGACCCGGACGAUGGGAGCCUGCUCCACUCUCAGCCAAUCAGCAGCAUCCGUGUGUGGGGCGUCGGCCGAGACCACGACAGGGACUUUGCCUACGUGGCGAGAGACAAGAACACGCGAGUGCUGAAGUGCCACGUGUUCCGAUGUGAUACUCCCGCCGCAGCCAUCGCGACAAGUCUCCACGAAAUCUGCUCUAAGAUUAUGGCUGAAAGGAAAAGCGCCAAGGCUGCAGCUGGCAGCUCCUCCCAGAACGGCUCCGAUGUACCCCUACAAGAGUUUCCCAUGCCAAAGACUGAGUUGGUGCAGAAGUUUCAUGUGCUGUACUUGGGUAUGACCUCCGUGUCUCGCCCCAUAGGUAUGGACAUCAUCAAUGGGGCCAUAGAAAGUCUGGUGUCCUCCACAGGCAAAGAGGACUGGACUCCUGUCACAUUGAGUAUCGCUGACACCACUCUGGCCGUCAUCAAAGAAAAGGAGGAGGAGGAAGAGGUGUUGGUGGAGUGUCGGGUUCGUUUCUUGUCCUUCAUGGGCGUGGGACGAGAUGUGCACUCGUUUGCCUUCGUUAUGGACACUGGGAGCCAGCAUUUCCAGUGUCAUGCGUUCUGGUGCGACCCCAACGCGGGCAACGUGUCUGAGGCUGUGCAGGCAGCAUGCGUGCUGCGGUACCAGAAGUGUCUGGUGGCACGCCCGCCCUCCCAGCGUGCCGGCUCCUCUUCCUCACCCUCUGCGGACACGGUGACCCGGCGGGUGACCACCAGCGUGAAGCGGGGAGUCCAGUCUCUCAUAGACACUCUGAAAACCAAGAAACAGCCGUCUGAACUCCCCCAGCAAUGACCGACCACGAGUGACCGCAGCUGGACGCCACUCACGCAGCAUCGCUAAGAGCAACACCUAGUCAGUACCAGCCAUGGUGACCAACGAUGUACAUAUAUGUUAACAAACACCAACGCAGAUAAUGGGAAGAAGAGCAAUUCGACAGUAAGCCUGAUGAUUUAUAAAAAAUGAAAAGAAAACUCAUGUAAUUCAUGAGGCGGAAUGCAAAAUCUGGUAGCGCCGGUUGAUCUUUGACCUUAAGAACGCCGCUUUAAUCCUGGUGGGAACCACCUGCAUUGGCCCUCACUGUGUGUGGAUUUCUGGGCUGGAUGGAUUACUUGAUCAAGCACACUACAGACAGAAUUCGGGAUGACCCAGAAGAAAAAGAUAUGAUUUCCGUUAACAAUCUGGUUUAUGGAGCCGCUCCAUUUUCAUUCACUCUCCGUCCCUUUGUGUAGAAACCAUCAUUGGCACAGUAAGAGCACAUUCACUAGAUUCCUGACAGAACAAGCGACAGGAGCCUCGCAGGACAGAGAAGGUGUUGACUUGUUGUAUUGGGAUUUUAGAGGGUGAAUAAGAAAAGAGAACCGGACCCGGAGGACAAGACCUGCUAACACGGCCCCUCCCACCAAGUGGCAUGCCUUCUGUGUGUGUGUGUAAAACAUAACAUCUGUGUUCAGGAUGAAUGAAUUUAUUAUUAUGAUGAAUUGUAUGUAAAUGAUUGUAUGUAGGAAGAGAGAAUGUCAAGCACAAAACUUGUACAGUAGAAAUGAGGGAAAGAUGAAGUAAGGACAGAUGUGGGCUUAGUUUAGCAUGUUUUCUUGGUGAGAUACAUUUAAUGAGUUGAUGGGUCCCAGUAAGACAAAGAAUGGGUCUCAACAUUAUCAUGGCACAAAAGAAGUCUGGCCUAUUUGUGACCCAUACCACAGUAAAAUGUUAAUCUUAUUUACAGAAUCAUAAUUCAUGAUUGUCAGAGUUUUACAUUCUGUGUCUUGAUGGAUGAGUAGAUCCACAAAAGAAAGGUAACAGUUUUUAAUGUAUUUUGAAACUUUUCAUUUAUUAAGAUUUUCUUCUUGCAUUGAGUAUGUGAAAACUGAGUUUGAAAGCUCAAGAAUGUUCCAUUACCUAUGAUUAAACGCUAACAUUUCCUCAGGAAUCUUUACAAAUACAACCACAGUUUAUGUGUUGGUAAAUACCAAUUCCAUGGAAGAUGAUGGUACACAAUAGUGUUUGCCCUUCUUAGUAAGCCUGGAAAAGAUCUAAGGGUUAACUAUUGUUUCUCACACACACUAAUAUGCACAUAGAAG